AUGCAACAUUUAUCAAACAAGAUAAAAUCUCGGCAUUCGUCUGAAGAAACCGAGCGAAAUUCGUUUGAAGCUGUUGCAAGUGCUCCUCCCAGUGUUGCUAGCUCUUCAUUAGCAAACACUAAAAGAAACCAAGACUUCCAUGCCCUAUUUAGAAGCGUGCCAGAAGACGAUUGCCUAAUUGAAGAUUUUGGUUGUGCAUUACAAAAAGAAAUUUUGCUUCAAGGCCGUAUUUACGUGUCUGAAAAUUAUCUGUGCUUUAACGCCAACAUUUUUGGUUGGGUCACUAACCUUGUCAUUGCUUUUGCUGAUAUAAUUGACAUUGAAAAGAAAUCAACGGCCUAUUUUAUUCCUAAUGCAAUUCAGGUUUCUACGGAUAAUGCAAAGCAUUUUUUCGCUUCCUUUUUGUCGCGUGACCAAGCCCACGAUUUAAUGGUAGAUCUUUGGAGAACCGCAAGACCUGACCUUAUACCUUGUAAAGAUGCUGAAAGCAUUGAGUGUACGGAUGAAGUCAGUCCUUCUUCAGAAGAAGAUAGCGACUCAUAUUAUGAUAGCGAUACAGAAGAUUCCUUUAGCGCAGUCGACAAGACAUCGGGCGAUGUAUCCGAUAAACCAGUCGAAAAACCUCAAUUGCAUGAUACUACGGAUUGUGACUGUACCCCUGACCAUUUCCAAACAACUGUCAUGGAUCAAGUCUAUAGCGGAUCAUUAGAAAGUUUAUAUAACUUACUGUAUCAUAGUGGAUUUAUGAAGAAGUUCUUAGUAGAAAACCAAAAAAGCACAGAACUGACUAUUGGCGAUUGGAAGAAUGGUGAAGGAAACGUGGAAUUAGUUAGAGAGUCCUCUUAUAUCAAACAGCUGAAUGGAUCUAUUGGUCCGAAGUCGACCAAAUGUAUAAUAACAGAAGAGGUGCUUUAUAAAGAUUUUGAUAAAUAUAUCACGGUUAUGACUACGACAGCUACACCAGAUGUCCCUUCUGGUGGGUCGUUUACCUGUAAAACAAGAACUUGUCUUACCUGGUCUGGUAAAGGAAAAGUAAGAAUUCUGGUCACUGUCUUGGUUGAUUUCACUAAAUCUUCAUGGCUAAAAUCUACUAUUGAAAAAGCUAGUAUUGAUGGCCAGCAAACGUAUUAUAAAGACCUUGACGUUGCACUACGUGCUUAUUUGAAAGAAAAUGAAGAAAACCAGGGCAAUCGACACGAUGGUAAAAGAAAAAAGAAGGGAAGAAAGUCUAGACACCACCGAAUCCGCUCACCUACCUCAUCCCAUUUGACGUUAUUAUGUCUGGUUGCGAUGGUGUGUAUCAAUGUAUUUAUUGCGAAAAAGAUGGCCUUUGUAGAACAACAACUUAAUAUAAUGCAUCCAGCAAGUGACUCAGCAGAGCAAGAGGUCAUCUGGGACUCGGCUAUUCAAUCUUCUAAGGCUGCCAAGGAUAAGCUUGACAGACACAUGGCUGAAUUAAGUCAAAUGAUUUUGAAAGCAGAAAGCAAUUUAGAACAAGUGACAAAUGCCGUCAAAGAACAACGUCAAAAGAUCAAACAGGAGGAAUAA